GCUACAAGGUGAAGACGAGGCACUGAGCUAAGAAAAAAGAAGUCGGCAUCUGUUUAACGGCCCUCAAGGACUUUAAGGACUUCCAAGCAGAUGGCCUCGAGUGUGGCAGACCGAGCCACCGGGGCCAUUAUCGGGGCAGCGGUGGCAGAUGCAGCAGCCCAGCCCAUGCACUGGAUCUACAAUCCGGACAGGCUCAGAGAAGUUCUCUCUGAUCUGGAGCCCUGUCCAGAGUUUAGGCCUCAGUCAGCGAAUCCUUUCUACCGCAGGGCGACGGGCGAGCAGACCUGCUAUGGAGACCAGGCCUACGUCCUGCUGGAGUCGCUGAGUCAGUGUGGAGAUGUUGAUGUGGACGACUUGACCAAGCGCAUCUACACGUUCUUUGGCCCCGGAACAGUGUACGACCUGCCUCUCAACGAUCCUUACCGGAAGAAAGGAGGUCCCAAAGCCGUCCUCCCCAUUGAUGGCCCAUGGAGGAAUGGCAGCCUGAAAGCUUUCAUCAGAAAUGUGGACGCUGGCAAAGAAGAAACCGGCUGUGAAGCGGACUGUCAGAUGGACGGUGUCACUAAGCUGGCUCCAGUGGUGGCCAUGUACGCCGGGCGGCCUGAAAUGCUGGAGAAAGUGGAAAAGGCCAUUCGCGUCACCCAGAACAAUGACAUGUGUGUGGCCGUGACACUGGCUGCAGCGAGGUUUUUGGAGCUCUUCAUUCUGAAUGGUCCAGAUCCCAACGCUCUGGAUGCGGUUCUGGCUCAGUUGAGCGACCCGAAGAGACAGAACCCUCAGGAGCUGGACCGGGCUGUUGCGGCACACGUCCACCAGGUGAAGGACAACCGAGCCAAGACAUCCCAACAGCUCAUACCUGCUGUGUUCACGAACACAUGAGCUUUGCCCGGUGCGUUCCAGGGAGCGCUUCACGGAGUCCUGACGCUGAACCGGCUGGACGAGGCAGUCAGGGACACCAUGCGCUGCGGGGGAUGCACCGCCAGCCGAGCCUCCUUCAUAGGAGCCUGUUUUGGGGCACAGACCGGUCUCCAGGGAAUCCCCGAGUCUUGGAGGAAGAGGACGUUCAGAUAUCCUCUGCUGCUGGAGUUAGCCGAAAACCUGGUCAAAAAAAAGUCAGAUGUUGUAGUUUAGCUAUGAUUUAGACUCACAACCUGUCAAGUAUUUAUGAAGUGUGGGUAAUUGCCUUUCAAAGCUAUUUGAAGACUUUCUCUUAUUGCAGAUGUGCAGGACUUUGACAGGACAAUCCAUGACAGUAGCAUUUUAAAGUCUUGUACUGAAUGAAACUCGAAUCUAUUUGCUCUGUCAAAGCUGCAUCAUGCAAGAAAGUGAAAGUCUCUGCAAAGUAUUCGUGUUGUGUUGAGGACACGAAACACAUUUAACCUCAGCAGCUGCAGUGUAAGCAAAAAAAUAAAG